CUCAGGUAUAUGUGAAACAAAAUAAACCAAUAUCUUUCUGGUUGUGCCGAAAAUAUGCUGUACUGUCGUGACGCCCUCAAAAGAGGUAGGUGUUUCCGCACAGUUUUACAAUGACUGGGAUACAACUACUAUCAGUGAUGAUUUUGAUGACCUUGUAUGGCGUAACCGAAGCUCGUGUUGACUUCUGCUUCCCCACAGACCCGUGUAUCAGCGGGAGUGUGCCUGUCCUUGACGUGGUCGGACGCUCCACGAAUUGUCCCUUCUAUGGCAAGAAUGGUCUGUGUGAUGCAAGUUUAACGGAAACAUGGUAUAGGACGGACAUACCGAUGACCAGCACGUGUCCAAACAUUGCUACGUGUGGUACAUAUUACCCGGUGUGGUUGAACGGGUCCGAGCCAACAGAAAGUGAAGGAAUGGUAAACAGAACAGCUUGUAUGAAGGGAAUCAGUGGUUGUUGUAUCAAGACAUACGACGUUGUCCUGAAGAACUGUUCGACGUUCAUGGCCUAUUGUCUACAGCAUCUGACAGGAUGUGCAGAACGAUACUGUUUCGGUGACUCCGGAAGUUGUCCAACAGCUCCACCAACGACAAAGCCGACAAUAUCAACGACGUCUACCACUCUAUCAACUCCUACACUUCUUAAGAGUAUGGCGCAAGAUAAUGACCAGAUCGUCUUAAAUAUUGCAGUUAUAGUUGUCGGUAUCGUUGCUGCCAUUUUACUGAUAGUGUGCAUAGGCUGUAUCCUUUGGACAUGCAGUAAAAGGAAAGCGGCAAAACGGAGCGGUGCUUCUACCAAAGGUAACAACGGUCCUCUCUUGCGUGAGGUUGAUGAAGAAAACACAGUUAUAAGGGAUGUUCCAGGAGAACCCAUGUUUGCAGUUGAUAAUGAAAACAAAGCAAGGGGGUUGGAACGGGGGCAAUCUUUCCUACCUCCUCUCUCCAUGUCACACAGAAACGAGAUAUCGGAUGAUCCCAUCCUGGAGGGGGCUUAUAGAGGGAGAGGAGGACACACAACUGCUACCCUAAUGGAUAGCACUUAUAAUGUUAACAAUGAUGUUUAUACAAUGAGGAAAGCUAAGUUACAAGAAAGAGAAAUGAAUGUUGAUAUUCAACAUGUGACCGACGUUAACGCAGGAAGACAACGAAAGAAGAAGAAGAAAAAGAAGAUGAAAAAUAAACAAAAUCCAUCUGACACACCAAAAAUCCACGAUACCUUUGAGAGUACCAAUCUAGAUUCUCAGGGAAAUGUGCGUGACGUCGAAAUAGGCUACCCUCCAACUGGCUUCUUUUUAACUAAAUCUGAAGAAAUUAUCAACACCAAUCCAAGUAAUAGAGAAACAUCUACGAGGUUACGAAUCAACACAUUUGACAAUAAUAUCUUCUAUGACGAUCAGAAACAAAUGCAAGACUAUAGCAGUAAAAAUGAGAGUAUUGAAUUCCUAAAGACUGGUGCCACACAGUUUGUCCAAGAGGCGGAAUCAUCUGAAACACAACUGGAAUCUUCGGAUAAAACGAUGACUUUGCAUUCCCAUCCGGAGCAUAUUAACGAAGAACACAAGGCAAGAAAAAAUCUUAAGAUACAAAAUAGAAUAACUGUAUCAAUCACACAACAAUCAAAUGAUAUCAUAGACAGUAUUUAUCGGGUGGAAAAUAGUGAAUCCCCUCUAAGAUUAGAGGGUUCGAAAAUGACAGAGGAGAAAUGGGCGUUACCCACAGGCAUCGGGAUGUGUAGUGAAGCAGCAUCCACUGUAAACACAAUGGAAGAAACCGGUGAAUCUCUUCAACAAACGAAGAAGAAAAGGAAAAAGAAGAGAAAAAAGAGAAAGAGGAAAACGGAAGUUACACCCGAGACUUUAUUAUAAAUAUACAUAGAUAACAUAUCUAAGUGAGUUAUGCCAACGGACUCCGUAGUGUUAGAUGUUACACAAAAUGUGUAAAUUAUCAAAUGUACAAUAUAUAUUGUUUAUUUAUGUUUAUAAUUACAGUUUUCAAAAUAUAGGUGUUUAGGUGUAUGUGCAUAGCUAGACCUUUAUCGGUGUUUAUCUACAAAUUCUUCUAGUUUUUCCUUAUUGACAAUUUGACUUUCUUCAUAUUUUGUUUUUAGUUUCUGGACGAUAUCUAAAUACUGUUCGUGUGGAUUGUAGUUUGAA